AUGGAAUUCUUAGAUGAAGAUUUGCGUAUGAUACCAGGUAACGUUCCAAGCUCACCUUCCAUGACUAGAGACAUCUCCUCUGACAAAAGAAAGGCUGUAAAGAAGUCUUCCAACAAAGUAGUUGCUAAGCACCUAGACAAAUGGAGGUUUGUCACUCAAAGAAGGGUAGCAGUUGAAAGAGAAUUAGGGAAAGAGACUGUUGAAGUAAAGGAAGUAAUGGAGCUAAUCAAGGCAACUGGUCUUAUGAAAACUUUGACUGCUUUGCCUCAAUGCUAUGAAGGGCUAGUCAAAGAAUUCAUUGUAAACAUUCCUGAUGAGAGUUAUGGAAAUAGCAGCAGGGAGGUCUGCAAAGUGGUUGUUAGGGGUAAGUGUGUGAAACUAUCACCUACUAUCAUCAACAAGUUUCUGGUGAGAGGAACUAAUGAAGGGGUAGAUCUAGAGGCCACAGAUAAUGAGAUCUGUAGGAUGAUUACAGCUGGCCAAGUUAAUGAAUGGCCAAGUAGGAAACACCUUGCAGCUAGUAAACUAACUGUCAAGUAUGCCAUCUUGCAUAAGAUUGGUUCUGCAAAUUGGGUUCCUACUAAUCACAUAUCUACCAUCUCCUUAGCUCUUGGGAGGACCAUUCAUGCUAUUGGAACAAGGGUUAACUAUGAUUUUGGCAAGUUCAUAUUUGAACAAACCAUUAGACAUGCUUCCACCAAUGCUGUUAAGUUGCCCAUUGCAUUCCCAUCUAUCAUCUGUGGGAUCAUCCUGAGUCAACAACCAGGAAUCUUGAGUACAAGUGAUAUUCCUAGCAGGAGGAAAACCCCUCUGUCCACCCAUUACAAGUUGUUUGAGGGAAGUCAUGUCAAUGAUGUCAUUACAUCUGCCAAAAGGGAGUCUGCAUCCAAAGGAAGUCUGAUUGACCAACUGAAAGAGACCUGCAAGGAAUUGGAUAAUGGGAUAAAGGUGGCAAAGGCUAGAAAAGAGGCUUUAGAAGUUCUUAUAUGUAGCCUGGAGAAGGAAGAAGUAGAAAAGACUGGAUCAAAAUCCCAAUCAAGUGGAGGUUCUGGAAGCUCAAAAAGUUCUAAAGGUACAGGUGAAGAUGAAGAUGAAGGUGCUGGAGAUUUCAGUAGCUGUUUUUGUUGA